GUUUUCGUACCGAAAUAGGCGAACAUUUACGGAAAUUAACGAAGGAAACGAUUGUCAUCUGAUGCAGUUUAGGACGACGCUCGUCCUUUGAGAAAAGAAAAUACUGUUUUAGAUUAGUGUAUCGAAAUUGUUUAUUUUGUUAGAAAAGAUAAAGUACAAGAAUGCCAUCCCUUUUAUUCUGUGGUCCGAAAAUGGCCGCUUGUGGAAUAGUGAUCAGCAUAUGGGGAGUCAUCAUGCUGGUGAUGUUGGGGAUCUUCUUCAGUGCAAAGUCUGCUGUAUUGAUUGAGGACGUGCCCUUCACAGAGGAGGACAUCCGCAAUGAUAAGAACCCCCCGGGGACCAUAUAUGGACUCUACAACCAGGUGGGCAUCAACUGCUUCAUCGCAGCAGCCAUUUAUGUUGCAGUGGGGGCGGUGUCACUCUGCCAGGUUCGACUCAACAAGCGCCAGGAGUACAUGGUGACAUAAGUUCCCCUGCAGCAUCAGAAGAUUACACACACACACACUCUAUUUCAAGUUCUCAAGGGAAGCAACCUUAUAAAAAGCUAUUUAUUUGUAACUUCAGAGUAAAACAUUCAACAUAAGUCAUGUCUGUUAUAUGCUAAUGAAUCAUUCCUUGUAUUUGCAUACAACUAUUUAUUGAAUUGACCAAAAAUGCGAACUGUCAAUUGAUCAUGGUGAAUAAAAUUGUAAAUCUUGUUCCCCUCAAGGACCAUUUCAGUGCAUACAUCAUGUGUGCUAGAUAACUCAACACACAUUCCUAGAUGCAACAGACAAUUAAAAGUUUUAAAAGAUAUAUAGAGCAAUCGUAGUUCACAAUGGUCAAUGUUUGUCAAAUCAAGAGAUAUGUCAAAAAUGGUUAAAUAUGUACAUUUUGUGUACUGUCUUUCGUGUUUGCUGUUGUGAAUUGUAUGCUGUUGAGAUAGCUCUUAAUUUGUUAGUCACUUAUGUAGUAGUUCCUCAGAAAAAUAUGGUGCACCAAAUGUUUGAAUGAAGUAUUUAUUUAAUGUGUUUGUUUUCCUGAGUGUAAUGAUGUGAAAGGCUCUAUCUAAAUGGUACUUGAUGUGAAGGACCUCAAUCUCUUGUAGAUGUUCCCUGCAAUAAACUGGAAGGAUUAAAAGGAAA